UAAUUAUAAAUUGAUAACUCUCGUUACAAACAGUCAACACUGAAUCGACAUUGAAUGUCGAUAAGGCAAUUGCUAAUCAUUUCCUUCACGCGUAAUCGCGUUCCUGUUGGUGAGUCACGCUUCCUUUGGUCGCGCGUCGCGCGUAAAAAGCCAACUCAGUCGGUCUCAGUCUAUAUGCGAUUAAUCUAUGGACGACUCGUGGGUGGUUGGCAGUCGUCUAGAGGGGUGUCGGGGCAGGGAGGACAGGAGGCGUGACUCGAGAUAGAGUUAUCAAAUCACGGCUGAUCACAGCGGACAUUUGUCGAUUUGUCAGGGGAGUGCAAACGAACCUUCAAACAGUAGACUUGCGGGGAGAGUCUCCGUGGUUGUCUUGUGCGUUCUUGCGUUUGUUGCUCGCGUGAGAAUCAUCGUUGGCGAGCGCGAUGGAGACGUAUGAGAGCGUUCUCCUGGUGAAAUCCGAGGUAUUCGUCUUCAAAAUUCCACCAAGGUCGACCAACAGGGGUUAUCGGGCAGCCGAUUGGAACCUGCAAGAACCCUCCUGGACCGGCCGUAUGCGAUUGGUGUCACAGGGCGACAGUAUUACGAUAAAGUUGGAAGACAAGAUCUCGGGCGAACUGUUUGCCAAGUGUCCCAUCGAGCAGUAUCCCGGAAUAGCGGUAGAACCAGUCACUGACUCGUCCCGAUACUUUGUCUUGAGGAUCCAAGAUGACAAUGGACGAUCAGCGUUCAUAGGUGUUGGCUUCUUAGAUAGGUCUGACAGUUUUGAUCUGAAUGUUGCUCUUCAGGAUCAUUUUAAAUGGUUAAAGAAUCGGGAGCAAAUCGAAAAAGAGAAGGAAAAACCGAAACAAGAGUUGGAUCUCAGAUUUAAAGAGGGUGAAACUAUCAAGAUUAAUAUGAAGAUCACAGAAAAAGAUGGCAGUGAGGUUGCAUCGAAAUCUAGACAACGUGCUAAUCCAGCCGCGGGUCUGCCACCUCCUCCAGGUGGUGUAAAAAUUGCUCCACCACCAGCAAAAACUCCUACUUCUUCACCGGCACAUAAACCAGUGCAAAGUCAAAAUCAAGAAGUCACAAGUUCAGAGUGGGGUGAGUUUGCCAGUGCUUCUCAGUCAGCAUCGGCAUCAGCACCUUCACCUGCGCCUGCAUCUACAGUGGCCAAUGCUAGUUGGGUGCAAUUCUAACUUUUAGAAGAUAUGUAUAUAAUAUUAUACAUAGAUAUUUACUUUAGUAUAUAUAACAUUAGUGAUUUUAAAAUGGAUGGCUAAAUUUCAGGAACACAUUCCAUUUAUCUUGAUUAUUGAAAAUUAAGUUCUAGGGCCAUACAAUAUGAAUUGAAUUGUGGACAAUUAGAAAUUUUUUUAUAUUAAUAAAUAUAAUUUUAAUUUUCUAACACUUUUGAACAGACUGAUGAUUUAUAUAUUGUUGAUUUGUAUAUUGUUAUUGGCAUGUAUUACUAACAUAAUAUUAGAUUCUGAUAUAUGUGGAAAGUAUUUCAAAAUCUAUUUUAAUAUGAUUUUUUUUUUUUCAAAGAGUAGAAUACCUGAAAUUUGGCCAUUUGUAGAAAUCAUUCUUGUAUAUUAAGAUAAAUGAAGUAAUCAAUGACACACGAAUAUGAUAUGAUAGGCAUAUUAAAUUAAAUAUUUUAAGAUGACUGUUGAAAGAAUGAAUAAUGAAAAGAGAGAGUCUGAUGUAUAUUUUCCAAUACUAUAUAGUGUGCGAUGAGAAUUGUAAUAGCAUUCGUGAAGGGGAUGACAUUUUUCCAAUGGAAAA